GAUUGACCCCCUGACAUUCUUGUACUUGGAGCACACAGACUGAAGCACAGUGUAGGCUAUAGUGUAGACAGUGCAGACAGAGAGAUAAUAAAUUCAGUGAGUUAUAUUGAGAGUGAUCUGAGAGCAUCAAGACUUAAGCUUAAAUUACAGUCAGUUUAAUAGGUGAACUUAAUGUUAUGGCAAGGUUUGCACGUGGUGUGUUUUUCAGGUAUACUGCUCUAUUCAGGCUGCAGCAAUGCAUGGAUGUUCAUACACAGCCUGUUACUCCCAGGCUGGUGCUGGGCAUCGAGACCAGCUGUGAUGAAACAGGAGCUGCUGUUCUGGACGAGACAGGGAGGAUCCUUGGAGAAGCUCUGCACUCCCAGAAAGAAGUGCACUUAAAAACAGGUGGGGUCAUCCCAACAGUCGCCCAGCGCCUCCAUAAGGAAAACAUCUCCAGAGUGGUUCAGGAAGCCUUGGACAGGAGCGGAGUUGCACCCAGUGAUCUCUCUGCUGUGGCCACCACAGUAAAACCUGGCCUGGCCCUGAGUCUGGGCGUCGGUCUGCACUUCAGCCUGGAUUUUGUAAAGCUUCACAAAAAGCCCUUCAUCCCCAUCCAUCAUAUGGAGGCUCACGCCCUGACUGUGCGCAUGCUGAGUCCUCUGGAGUUUCCGUUUCUAGUGCUGCUGGUGUCUGGAGGACAUUCUCUUCUCGCAGUAGCAAAAGGAAUCGAUGACUUUUUACUUUUAGGGCAAACGCUGGAUGAGGCCCCAGGAGACACACUGGACAAGAUAGCAAGAAGACUAUCUCUUAUUAAGCAUCCAAAGUGUUCCAGCCUAAGCGGUGGACAAGCGAUAGAGCUUUUGGCGAAGGAAGGGGAUCGGCAGCAGUUCCAGUUCAAAACACCAAUGGGGAAGCAAUAUGACUGCAAUUUCUCAUACGCUGGUCUGCGUAAUCAAGUCACAAUGGCUAUUAUCAAAAAAGAGAAGGAGGAAGGCAUCCAGCAAGGUCAGCUAUUAUCCUGCGUGGAGGAUAUCGCUGCUGCCACUCAGCACACUGUAGCCUCGCACACAGCUAAGCGAACACAUCGGGCUAUUUUGUUCUGUAAGGCCAAAGGUCUUCUACCAGAGAACAGCCCGACUUUGGUCGUGUCUGGAGGAGUAGCGAGCAAUCAAUACAUCAGGGAAGUGCUGAGAGUCGUCACAGACGCAACCGGCCUGCAGUUACUCUGUCCUCCAUCUAAGUUUUGCACAGAUAAUGGAGUGAUGAUUGCAUGGAAUGGUGUUGAGAGGCUAAAAGAAGGAAAGGGGAUUUUGCCUUACACUCAGGAUGUCAGCUAUGAGCCAAAGGCUCCACUUGGCAGAGAUAUAUCUACAGAGGUGAGAGAUGCUGCAAUCAAGGUUCCCCAUCUGAAACUGAAGAUUAAAUGCUGAUAUACAGUAUUCAUAGUUUAUUUAAAGGUCUUUAAGCAAUGUAUUUUAUAUUUAUAAAUAAAAACACCUCAGUAAUUGA